UGCCAGAGCUGGCUGCCACGUUGUGUGAAGGCAGCUGUGCCUUGGGUCAGCUUUACUGUUUGACUUGCAUUAGUAAGAGAGCAGGAGAAAACAUCCCUCCCUCCGCUUGCUGUACAGCAGGGGUAGUCAAGGUGGUGCCCUCCAAAGGUUGCUGGGCUCCGAGGAGUGGGGGGGAAGGGCCCAGGCAGGGCUCUGGCCACACAUUGCCACCCUCCUUCCCUGGGUCAUCCCUCUGGCUGCUUUGCCUUCACUUGGGGCUGCUUCUUUGGGAGCUGGAGCCUUUUGUCUCCCUUUGGCAAAAGUCCAGGCUUCUGUGGUUCCCUCCUGUGAACUUUCCCUCCUUUCUUCUCUGGCAAGCAGGUCUGACUAGUGAUCCUCAUUGCCUGGUAGGUGGGGUGGGGGACAAAGGCUCCUUCCAAUUGGUCCAAAGGACAACAGCUGAACUGGGCAGUCCAAGUUACAAAAGGUGCAGCGGAGUCCUGGGAGUGUCCUCUCUCCUCCCUGCUCUCUGGUGCCUGCUAGUCGCGCCUGCUAGGAUGGUGUUGCAGCUCUACCUGGACCUUGUCUCCCAGCCCUGCCGGUCUGUCUACAUCUUUGCCAAGAAAAACAGAAUCCCCUUUGAGUUCAAGCAUGUGGUGCUAAUCCAAGGGCAAAACAGGGAAGAAGACUUUAGCAAGGUGAACAUGAUGAAGAAAGUGCCUGCCUUGAAAGAUGGCAACUUCACCUUAGCAGAGAGCAUCGCUAUCCUUUUAUAUCUAGCCAGAAAAUUCAAGACCCCUGACCACUGGUACCCAGCUGACCUGCAGAAACGAGCUCGUGUGGAUGAGUAUCUGUCCUGGCAGCAUACAGCCACUCGGAUGUACGGCACCAAAUUUUACUUGGCCAAGGGCUUAGUGCCUCUCUUCCUGGGUCAUCCGCUCCCGCCCGAAAAGCUUGAAGAGGCCACUGAGGAACUGAAUGAGGUUCUGAAAAUGUUUGAAGAGAAAUUCCUCCAGGACAGGCCCUUCAUUGCUGGCAGUGAAAUCUCCUUGGCAGACCUGGUGGCCAUUGUAGAACUCAUGCAGCCCAAAGGCGCUGGCUAUGAUGUCUUUGAAGGUAGUCCCAAGAUGGCCGCUUGGCGCGGCAGAGUGGAAGACGCUGUUGGGAAGGACCUCUUUCUGGAGGCACACAAAGAGAUCUUGAACUCCAAGGGUAUGACGGCAGAUCAUCUCCCUCCUGAAGGGAGAGAGCAGAUCAAGCAACACCUGCUAAAGUAUGUGAAAUAAAUCCCAGGAGAGGCUGAGUCCCCCUCAAUAAAGAUCCAGCACCAGCAAA